AUGGACCAAAGUAUGUACAGAGAAAUGGAAGAACGUAGGUCUAUACGUGAUAACAGCAGAAAUUUAAAAAAAUACGGGAGUACAUCCAAGCAUGUUGUACGUAAUGACAAUUUAGUAAAACAUAUUAUUUGCAAGACGGAUACACUUCCAGGUAUUGCAUUAAAAUAUGGAACUACGACUGAACAAAUUAGGAGGAUAAAUAGGUUAUGGGCAUCUGAUAGUUUAUUUUUACGUGAAUAUUUAUUAGUUCCUGUUCCUGUACAAAAAAAUUCAGCGUCGACGUCAUCGUCCUACAUUAAUAAUGAUGGAAUCGCUGAAUCCAAUGAAAGUGACAAUUGUCAAGACCCAAGUGCUAAUACGCUGUCUUCGGACGAAGACAGCUCAAUCAAUAAUUUUUUAGCUAGAAUGGAUUCCUCGAUUGCUAAUGUUAAGAAAGAUAUACAAAAAACCCAGGGUAAUAGUGCAUUUAGUCCAGAAGAAGAAUUAUUAUUUGUACAAAGAAGAACAGGAAGUCGUUUACGUCAUUCGCACCCCCAGCCUUCGCCACUGCAUUCUUCAUUUUCAACAGCGUCAUCUUCAUCUUCUCACCUCUCAUCAGCUGCAGGGCCUGUCAGAUCAUCGUCAGAAGACAACGUUCACGACUUGCCUUCAGCUGUGGUGAUGACUCAAGGGAAAAAAUUAAAAAGCUCGCUGCAAAAAUUGCAGCAGCAACAAGACGAAAUAUUUCAAUUGUAGCAAUUAUUAACAAACUACAAUAA